CGAACAUCACAUCUCAACCCACCAUGCAGUCACUUCGCGUUGCCCGGACUGCUCUCAGAGCCAGCCAAACCGCUUUCAAGGCCGCACCAGCUCUGCGACGUGGCUACGCCGAUGUCGCGCCAGACAAGAUUCAGUUGACUCUGGCUCUGCCUCACCAGGCCAUCUACAAGUCUCAGGAUGUCGUUCAGGUCAACAUCCCCGCUGAGUCCGGAGAGAUGGGUGUUCUUGCCAGCCACGUUCCAUCCAUCGAGCAAUUGAAGCCAGGCCUCGUGGAGGUCAUCGAGGAGCAGGGUGGAAGCAAGCAGUUCUUCUUGUCCGGUGGCUUCGCAACAGUGCAGCCAAACUCAGUCCUGAGCAUCAACGCUGUUGAGGGAUACCCACUUGAAGAUUUCAGUGCAGAGGCUGUCAGGAACCAGAUUGCUGAGGCACAGAAGAUUGCAAGCGGUGGAGGCAGUGAGCAAGAUGUUGCUGAGGCUAAGAUUGAGCUUGAGGUCCUUGAAAGCCUCCAGGCAAACUUGAAAUAGAGUCCGAGUCUACGCGCCUGUAUAUACUGUCUACCAUUUUGCGAGCUUUCUGACGACGUGAGAGUCGGCUUAUCACAGAAAGCACGACUUGACCUG